GCACAUAUAGACACGGACAACCAUUCGCACUCACAUGCACACCGUCACUGAGUGGGAACUGAACCCACGCUGCCCGCACCAAAGUCAGACGAGUGUACCACUACACCUUAUUAUUUUAUGCUUAAGUUAAUUUUUGUUCUUUCAUUUAUUUAUUUUUUCACCCUUCUCUUACUAGUACAAAUAAUUGUUUCUUAGUUUUUUCUUUUUCUUUUUCCUUUUUUACCAGUAAGUCUAACAAGUCACUUUUUUUUUACUAUUGGGUGGACCAAGCUUUUUUUCAGUUUUUUUUUUUCUAUUUUCUAUUUGGUGUGAGGAUUUUUUUUUUCAGUUUAGUUUCCGGUACAUUUUUCUUUCUUCUUUUUUUUACCAGUACGCAGGACAAGUCUUUUUCCUUUUUGUAUAUAAAACAAUGACUUUAUUUCUAUUUUUUCAUCAAAUGGGAGGACCGGCCUUUUUGUUAGCUUGUUUAAGUUGGGUUUUGUUUUCUUUUUCCCCCCAAUAAGGAGGACAAUUCUUUUUUAUGUUUUACUUUCAUUUUUUCUUCUUCUGUUUUUAGCAGUCAGGACAACAGAUAUUUUUGUUUUGUUGACUUUUUUCUCAUUUUAACCAACAGAAAGGACACGUCUUUUUUUAAAUUAGAUUCUUUUUUUGCUGUUUUUUUAAAUUAGUCAUGAGGACAACUGUUUUUUUUUUUACUUAAAAAAAAAAAAAAGAUUUUAAGUGACACAGCGCUCACGACCUUCAAGAAGUGAAACCCGGGGGCCUUUGUUAUACAGGAAGUCGAUUGAGCCACUGAAAUGAAGUCAUGCUGGUAAAAAAAAUAUCAGGACAUCUCAUUUGCACAGGCGUCGUGUUUGUGGUCGUGACUUGGCCGAUGAAGAUGACGAUUCUCGCUGGUGCCUCAUGAAGAUGACGACCCGCUUUAGCACAUUGCUCCUUUGUUGCCUCCUUCUUACAGUCUGUGAGUCUGGCGCCUCGCCCGUGGUUGGCAUCAUGGGUCAGCACGUCACGCUGACAUGUACGUACGACGUCGUUAAACACGGGCCUCUGUCGGCCUGUUGGAGCCGGGGAUAUUUGCCGUUGCUGGGCUGCGGUAACCAGAUCAUCUCCACCAACGGGUCCAGCGUGAGGGCAAACAGCAGAAGGUAUAAACUGCUGGGUCGGCUGGAGGCCGGGAACAUUUCGUUGACUAUCCUGGACGCGAAGAAGGAGGACGCCGGGGAGUACGGCUGCCGGGUGAUGAUCAAUGGUAUUUUCAAUGAUAAGAAAUAUCACAUCAAGCUGAUCAUAAAGGACGCUCCUCAAACCACCACUUUAAAGACAGACAUGUCUACGGACCGCGUUGCCGCCGGCAGCACAGCAGCUCAGAGGACCUCCUCGCAUGGCAGCGUCCCGAUGUCUAUGGUUGUGAUGGGCGUUCUCUUUGGGUUCAUCCUCUUCGUCACGAUCGCUGUCGUCAUCGGCGUCAUCAGUAAACGACGGCGGCGACUCACCAAAAUUCAUCAGCAGCAACCGUCUGUCCCUUCGGUGCGCUUCAGCUCCUUGUCGUCGGCUCUGCACCUCCAGCACCAAGCUGCAGUCGUGGAGAACAUCUACCAGAUGGCGGGAGACGAAUACGACUAUUUACCCUGACGCAUUCCGCGGCCUCGCCAUUACCGCCACGGGGCGUCCUGGUUCGACUGACAGGGUUCAUCAAAACAUUUCAUUUCAUUUUUUAAAAAGCAGUUUUUACACCUCCCACACACUUUAAACAGAUUGAAACGCAUUAAAACAUAUUUUUUAAAUACAGUGUUAAUGUAUUUGAACACAGAAAAAAAAUAAUUACAAGCAAAUGUAUAAAAUGUAUAGAAAAUACUC